AUGGAGCGGGCCAGGUCAGCCGCGUGGGACCGUUUACACUUGAGACGGACUACAGAACAGCACGUGCCAGAGGUGGAAGUCCAAGUCAAACGUAGAAGGACAGCCUCACUGAGCAACCAGGAGUGUCACCUGUACCUGAGGCGAUCUCAGCAGCAGCAAGUACCUGUGGUGGAUUUCCAGGCAGAACUGAGACAGGCAUUCUUAGCUGAGACACCAAGAGGUGGUUAA